UCACUGAAUCAUUCUGCAGUCGGCCGUGAAUGCGCGCGCGCGCCUUGUUUCAAUUCAAUUUGCCGCUUUAUCGUGAGUGUUUUCUUCAAGUUGAUAAGAUCAAUUACAUCACUGUGAUAACAUAGUCAAGGACUGACAUUUUCUUAGUAAAAUAAAAUUGUAUUGUUAACAUGCAGUGACUGAAAGUUAAAGUGUUUAAAACAAUAUCAGUGAAUUGUGAUACUCCGUCGGACGUGCCGGCACUAUGGGCACGAAGAAAAUAAUAAAGAUUACAGUGGUCGGAGAUGGUAUGGUCGGCAAAACUUGCCUACUCUACGUGUAUACGAAGAACGAGUUUCCUGAGGAAUAUGUACCCACAGUAUUCGACAAUUAUGUCGGCCUCAUCACCGUGGACGGGGAAGAGAUCGAAAUGACGCUGUGGGACACCGCGGGUCAAGAGGACUACGAGCGACUGAGGCCACUAUCUUACAACCAGACUGGCUGCUUCCUGGUAUGCUACUCCGUGGGCAGCCGGUCAUCAUUCGAGAAUGUCAUACACAAGUGGUACCCAGAGCUGAACCACUUUAGCAGUUCAGUGCCCAUUGUAUUAGUUGCUACGAAAACAGACUUGCGAGCGUCCGGCAAAGCGGUCAUCACGACACAGGAAGGAAAAAAGUUAAAAAAGAAAAUUCGAGCUGCGCAGUUGGUGGAAUGUUCUGCCCUGGAACGCGUCAACAUGAAUGAGGUGUUUGAAGAGGCUGUGCGCGCCGCCCUGCGCAAGAAACCUGUUAACAAACGGACCUGCCAAUAUCUCUGAACAAGCGAGCCAUAUUUAGUGCUUCCAAGUUAUUCUUAGAACUACGAUUAUACUGAACAUUAACGGCGCUACAGCCAAAAUCGCUCAAUACUUUUAUAAAUUUUGCCCUAGUCCUACAACUCGUGCACUAUAAUCGUAGAUCUAAAACGUGCAUUAGUUGCGGUUGUUGGUCAUGUGAUUGUUAAAUGCGUAAAGUCAUUCCUUUAUUUAUCAAAACUAGAUUCGACAGCAUCUUAUUGUACCUAUACCUUUUUAGAUGGUAUUAUUAAUGAUAUUGACGAGUGUUAAAAUGUAGAUAACUAUCAAGAUAUUAUUAAUAGGUUAAAAUAAUUACCUUAUUAAGUAUUAAAUUGUACAUAAAGAAAUAAUAAUAUUAAUAA